UCCAUCGCUUUAGCCAUCACUUCGCUUCACUCACCUUCUACUCACUUCUUCUUCUACUCUACUACUCUACUACUACUCCUACUACUACUACUACUCUCCUACUCCUACUCCUACACUUCUUACUCCCUUCUACAACUUCUUCUCCUCCUCCUCCUUCUCUUUUCCUUCACUACCUCGCCAGUUCUGGCCUCAGUCGCUCGCUCGCUCACUCCCAUUCCAUUACUAGUAGUUGGUAAUAGUUAUAUUACAUCGACAACAUCUACUACUAGCAGCAGCAGCAGCUGCCUCUUCUCGUUCUUAUUCUCCAUCUUGUACUACAACAACUUCAUCUUCUACUACAUAACUACUUUCACUGACUGACUGUCCUCACUCGUUGUCGGUCGGUCGGUCGGUUCAGUCCACGCCAGUUGGGAAACCGCUCUCUUCUCUGUCGUCGCCCUCCUCUCUCUCUCUCUCUCACUCGCUUGCUCGCUUGCUUUCUUCCGAGAGGAAUUGAUCGUCGGUCGGGUCGAGAGAAGUGGGAAAUUUUGAGAGAAAAAGUGUCUGUCCGCACCUAAGCCUAGUUCUAGUUUUAGCAUUGUAGCUGCUGGGCUAGAAUUUGCCGGUCUGUGUCGUCGUCGUCGUCGACACGAGCAGAGAGACACAGAGAGAGCGAGAGAUCUCGGGUGCUGCAGGGUUGUCUGGAGUUCGUUGAGAGUUCCGGUUGGGAAUUGGCCUCAAGGUGGGCUGGCAUCAUCAUCAUCAUCAUCCACUCUAGGUACAUAGACCGAGGGCUGAGCGAGCUACUGCCCUACCAUCAUUUUCCCCCUUCUUCCUCGUCUGCCGACUCCCCAUCCUCUCAGUUCGUUCCAUACAUGUACCGUCGUGCAAUUACGGUGGCAAUGCGGGGAGUGACACUUGGACCCUAGCCCGAAAUUGACGAAAUCGUAUCGAAGGUGACGCCGGUUGGAGAACGAUAGAAGAGCUCAAAUGCAGUAUUAGCCUGAUUGAUUCGGUAGAUAAUCUUGAACAUUCAUAGUUGUUACACGUAGUGAAUCCUGAAGUUGGCCCCAAGGAAUAACCAUAAACUACUAGUACUACUACAUACGAAGGAUCAAUUUGAAGAGAGUGAGACGACUUGAGCUAGUGGUGGUAGUCAGUCAUGGCCCUCACAGCAAAUCCUGUACCGACUUCGGUCCAAGACGCGAAGUUGCUUCCAUUUCACAGCAACGGCAAGAACGAAAGCGAUAUGUGGGAUUCAUACGCCGACAAUGUCUCUUCUCACGUGCAUCAUGGAGAAGACACAUUGACGGGGACGCCGAUGGGGACAGUGGAUCACCAGCAGCAGCAGCAGCAGGACAAGCAUUACCCUGCUUCGACUUCCGGACUCUCUCGGAAUGCUUCGUUCGAUUCUGUCACCUCUCAUGAUUCAUGCACGGCAUCUUUUUCGACUGGAUCUCCGGUAACAGUGCUUCCGCCUCUACAAUACACAUGUAGCGGCACUGGCAUGGACAAUAGCCCAUUGAACAUGUCGACCCAUGCUGGUGCCUGGCCCAACAGUUUUAACAGCUCCAACAAGAGAUCUUCUCCUUCCGGGUUGGAGCCCUCGGAGCAGCAGCAGCAGCAACAACAACACCAGCAGCAGCAACAUCAGGAGUCAAUUGCAGUCGACAGUUUCUGGAUCGGUCACGACCAGAUGCUGUUGUCUGAGGACUGCGAACCACUUCUUCCGUCCCCGGUGGGAACCGGGACCUUGUCGUCAAUGCUGAACGAAUUUCCUUUCAGGUACGAUGACCAGGCGUGUGCAAGCAAUUGCAACGAUUACACUUCGGUGAACGAUUUGGAAUGUCUGGUGCCAUCGUCUCUCAGAACGAAUGAGCCAUCUCAUGAUCAGCAGCAGCAGCAAGUGGUCAAAUCUCCUGAAUCAGUCGGGAACAGCAAUGCCCAUAGCACCUCCCCUGGACAGCAGCAGCAGCAGCAGCAGUCCCAGCAAGAUUUCUGUCAAGAGUUCCUCGUCGGAGGAAGCGAGGUGUAUUCCGAGCACAAUGCCAGGAGAUCUGACGCUUCGCUCUUGUCUCCGCCAGCAGCUCGCCGCCGUCUCAGCUGGUCCGAGUACCAGGUGCCCGAGCCACAACGACAUCUAGCGACGUCGGAGGGCCUGCACUUCGCUGGCUUCGGCUCGCAAGCCUACGACCACCAGCAGCACUUCGUGCCGCUGGGCGACAGCAAUGCCAUGGCGCCGCUCCUGCCCUUCCGCGGCAGCAGCUGCACCGUGCAAGACUCGGGGGUGGGCGCAAGCGUCGGAGGCCUCAAGCGCCCGUACUCGGCGAUGAUGAUGCAGCCGCAGCAGCAGCAGCCAGCGUCGACUUGCAGCAUUUCGUCGUCGGCGCCGACGCUGAGCCACAAUUCGUAUCUGAGCAUAUUUCCCAGCGUCGGGCCCGCGGCUCCCAAGAGCGCCAUGAGCAACAUGGCGCCCAUUCUGAGCGCCUCGCACGGCAGCCACCACCACCAGGACGCGGCGGCGCUAAGCGCGCUGCUGUACAAGACGCAGGGCAGCAGCGAGAUGAUGCAGCAGCUGCAGCAGCAGCAGGGCCAAGGCACCAGCAGCUCGGACUCGGCAGCCCGGCAGCUGCCGCCUCCCAAGCUGCGCCGGCGCCACGGCACGGCCACGGAUCCGCAGAGCAUCGCCGCGCGCACGCGGCGCGAGAGAUUCAGCGACCGCAUCCGAAUUCUGCAGAGCCUGGUGCCCAACGGCGAGCGCCUCGACACCGUGUCCAUGCUGGGCCACACUCUGGAGUACGUGCGCUUCCUGCAACAUCAAGUGUGGCAGUUGUACAAUGGCAACGACGAGCCGGCCGUGUCGGCCGAUUCCGAGUCCCGCGAGAAGUGGAAGGAGUUCCUCGACGCUCAGACCGUGGUCGCUUGAGCCUUGAGCCUUGAGCCUGCUUCACGAAGAGACUAGAGAUUCCCACCUGUCGAAGAGCUAGGAGGAGGAGGGGAGGAGUGCUCGCUCCAUUACACAUUUUACUCAUUACAUUUUACACACACACACACAGACUCACUAACACUAACACUACUCAACACACACACACACUUACACUACACUUACACGCACACAAACACAGUUGCACUUGGCAGUUGGUCACUGAAAUCCUUAGAAAUUUGGAGGCUCUCUCGAAAUUUCUCCAUCACUCGAAUCACGGCACGGCUCGAGUGAGUGAGCGAGCGAUGGAGACGAUAGAUCCGAUUUUAUGUAGUAAGGUGAUGCAUGGCAUCGCAUCACGGCCAGGGGACCUGCUUCUUCUUCUUCAGGCUUUGCAGACGGUCUCCAAUGGAGCUUCUCUCGAGGGCUGCUGAAGAAAUCUCGGCGUUCCGCGGGACCAGUCAGUCGGUGGGUGGCCUGUCCGUCAGGUGUACCAAGAACGAGCACGAGCACGAGCACGAGCGCCGGGAGCGACGAGAUUCAUUGCUCCGUUGUGACCCCGACGACACGAUGCAACAACAGAUGCAGUAGGCCAGCAUACCACUCAACACAUUUUUUUUCGACAUAAAAUUCAUGAUUCAUUCUUUCAGACAGACACGACAGACAGAAGAGGUGUACAGAGGUCCUCGAAGAGCUGGGGGAUAAGAGAGUUGAUUGCCGUGGCUCGUCCAUGGCAUCGGUCGACCCAACCCAAUAUACAGCUACAGCUACUCAUCAUCAGCAGCAGCAGCAGCAGCAUCGACAAUUAUUUCUCGCCAACAUUGUGUAUGAGACGUGCGGCACUUGGGGUCCACCAUCGUAAAUUUGAGUUAGCACUUUGAUUCGGCCCUGCCCAGAAGCGCUGGACUCUUUCUUCAUGACUCUCUUCGAACGACGACGAACGAGCGAACGACAAACGACGGCGACGACCACCACCACCACCACGAUGGAUUCAUUGAUCACUCUUUCGAACUUCAGUGGAAGAGCACAUUGAGCGCCCUUCACUACAACAUCAAUCACGUACGUCGGUCGAUCGAUCGAUCGGCAGGUCGGUCCCGGUCGGUCAGUCACAAUCAUGUCAGCUCAAGCUGGCAUCUAUCCUUCUCCGACCCCGAGUUUCGAAUUCGAGUGCGAGUCCAGGCUUCUGUGCAGGCCCUGCAGUGGUGGACCACGCGAGGUGCUUGACAAUCCCGAUAGACAGACAGACAGAAGACAGACGGAUUAGGCCUUUACGACGAUGUUACUCUCAAACUUAGCUUUACACUUAGCAGCUAGCAGCAGCAAGUAGCGCAAGCAAGCCGAUUGAACGAUGUAUGUACAUCCAUGGCCAGCCACCUGAUUGUAAAUAUGUACAAAGUUGGUCAGCCCUCCAGCAUCCGACGAGGAAUAGCCUUGUGCGCGAUGAUGCCAACUGAUCUCUUACACAUUCAGAAGACAGUUUGAGUAGAAACCUCUAUCCCAUCAGGUUUCAGGGCUGGCACCUGUACAUUUACGAUCUCCAACUCAUUGACAAGCAAUGCAAAGCAAAUUAAAAUG